CCCAGCAUGAGCUCCUUCGACCUCCCGGCGCCCUCCCCGCCCCGCUGCAGCCCCCAGUUCCCCAGCCUCGGCCAGGAGCCCCCCGAGAUGAACCUUUACUACGAGAACUUCUUCCACCCCCAGGGCGCGCCCAGCCCGCAGCGGCCCCCCUCCUUCGAGGGUGGCGGGGAGUAUGGGGCCACCCCCAACCCCUACCUCUGGCUCAAUGGGCCAGCCGUGACCCCGCCACCCUACCUGCCAGGCAGCAGCCCCUUCCUGCCCCAGGCCUACGGCGGUGUGCAGAGGCAGCUGCUGCCCGCCGGCGUGCCCGCGCUGGGGGCCGGCGACCUGGGCUGGCUGCCGCUCCCCUCGCAGGAGGAGCUGAUGAAGCUGGUGCGGCCGCCCUACUCCUACUCGGCGCUCAUCGCCAUGGCCAUCCACGGGGCGCCCGACAAGCGCCUCACACUCAGCCAGAUCUACCAGUACGUGGCCGACAACUUCCCCUUCUACAACAAGAGCAAGGCCGGCUGGCAGAACUCCAUCCGCCACAACCUGUCUCUCAACGACUGCUUCAAGAAGGUGCCCCGCGACGAGGAUGACCCGGGCAAAGGGAACUAUUGGACCCUGGACCCCAACUGUGAGAAGAUGUUCGACAACGGAAAUUUCCGCAGGAAGAGGAAGAGAAAAUCAGACCUCUCCUCCAGCACGGGCUCCCUGACCCCAGAGAAAACAGAGGCUGGGCUCCUGGCAGGCAGCCCCGAGACGGCAGAGGCCCAGGACAUCGUGGACGGCGCUGCACCGGGCCCCACCGGCUCCCCGGAGAAGCGGCCGACACCGCCCCCGCCAGGCACCCCAUGCCUCAGCAGCUUCCUCUCGACCAUGUCAGCCUAUGUGAGCGGGCCAAGUCCCCUGGGCCGCCCCGCGGCCAGCACGCCGGGACUGAGCCUCGAGCCUGCUGACAAGGUGGGGCAGAACUCACUGAGCUUCAGCUCCUACACCCCCCUCACCAACAUCAGCAGCCCUGUGGGCGGGGGCGAGUGGGCCAGCCCCAUGCCCAGCAACGCUCUGGGCUACGGGGGCUCUGUCCUCAACCAAUUCAACCCUCCCUUCUACGGGAGCGUCAACACGAACAGUGUCCUCUACCCCAGGGAGGGCACUGAGGUCUAGAAACGGAGCAGCUCCUGAGCCAGGCCAGACGGACAUGCCGGGGGUCCUCCAUGCCAGUACUCCAGACCUCUAAUCGGCCAGACACACACAGGAGGCUCAGAGGAAUUCAUCUGUUUUCUGGAACGUUGUAUAAACCUUGAGUGUGUCACAUAUCCACCCAUACAACCCAACCAACUUUGCAGUGGGAAUGUUGGUGCCUGCAUGACAGUAACCAACCUGGCCAUUUAUUGAGCACUUCUGUGCUAGGUGCUGUAUGAGGUUCUCUGAAGAUAUGAUUUCACUUUCUAUUUCCAACCACCUUGUGAGGGUCAUAUGCAUCUACCCAUUUAACAGAUGAGAAAACUGAGGCUCGAGGGAGUUAAGUCACUUUCCCAGAGUCAUACAAACUAGGAAGUGGUGGAGCAGGGAGUCAGGUGCAGGUUCUGGUGUUUCCCCUCAAAGUUUGGGCCAACCGAGGCAGGAAUGGAGGGAUUGGUUGAGCAGACAAGUAAAGUCAGUGUGACGAGGUGAUGAUGGCAAACACAUCAAAAUCUCUCCACUGCCUUCCAGCCAGCCAUCACAUUUAGUUACCAGCCCUGGGUAUAUCUCAUCUUGGUCCAAGUCUUUAUUCUGUGGCGGCCCCCAACUUACCUGCCAACACUCCUUUUGCUCCUACUCAAGGGGGGAGCCCAGAUCCCUGCCCCUGCUGGACUGUGUGUCUAGCCUCCCCCCACAGAGGGAGAUUGCCUCCCCAGCCCCAGAGACCAGGAGCCGGGCAGGGAAGGGAGGAGUGUGCACCCCAAACUCCCACCCCUGCUCCGCCCACUGGCAAAAUCUUGUAAAGCCCAACUUCC